AUGCUGAGCGGCUUCAUAAAUGGAAUUCUCUGUUGUUUAUCGGGGAAGUCUGCAAACAUCGUGGUCCCUAUUAAAACAUCUGAGCCUGCAGACCAUUUCGAGUUUGUGGAGGUAAAGCCUGGCAGAGUGAUGCGUAUUUGUCAUAUUAGACCUCAGCGAGCUGUGAUAGAGGAACCAGACACAGGGGAGGUGGGUAAUGUGAGCUGUAAGAGGAAAAUCACAGUGUAUCACAGCGGACAGUUGUUCAUUGAGAACACGAGUGAAGCGACUCACCCAGAGCUGGUGCGCUGCCAAAACGGCGAGAGUGCUGUGGAGGUGGAUGUUGUGGACAGUAACAACACAGUCUCAGGACAGGCUGUCGAGUCCAGCAUAGCAGUAGCACAUGAGAGGCCACAGCGUAUAUGGUGCAAGCCUAAGCGUACCGUGAUGAUCGACUGUGAACGCAAGAUUACCCGGUGCAAAGAGACACACCCUGACGUGGCACUGUUCUUCAUUCAUGGAGUAGGAGGCUCUUUGGAUAUAUGGGAGAGCCAGCUGGACUAUUUCUCUCAGCUCGGUUAUGAGGUGAUCGCACCAGACCUAGCUGGCCAUGGAGGCAGCUCUGCACCUCAAAUCACAGCUGCCUACACAUUUUACGCCCUUGCUGAUGACGUAAGAAUCAUAUUCAUGAGAUAUGCAAAACGGCGGAAUAUUCUCAUUGGGCAUUCAUAUGGUGUGUCUUUCUGCACCUUUCUGGCCCAUGAGUAUCCAGAACAAGUUCACAAAGUGGUGAUGAUUAAUGGUGGUGGGCCUACAGCCCUGGAACCCAGCCUCUGUUCAGUCUUCAAUCUGCCAACGUGUGUACUCCACUGGUUGUCGCCGUGCCUAUCAUGGAGCUUCCUCAUGGCUGGUUUUGCUCAUCAGGGCCAGAGGGAAAAGAAACUUCUGAAGGAGAAAAACGCCUUCAAUGUGUCAUCUUUUGUGCUGCGGUCGAUGAUGAAUGGGCAGUACUGGCCAGAGGGGGAUGAGGUGUACCAUGCCGAACUCACCGCACCAAUCCUCCUGGUACACGGCGUGUAUGACAGGUUUGUGUCAAUACAAGAGGACCAGCGCAUGGCAGAGAUACUACUUCUGGGCUUCCUGAAAGUCAUAGAAGAGGGAAGCCACAUGGUGAUGAUGGAGUGCCCUGAUACAGUCAAUACUUUGUUGCAUGAAUUUUUCCUUUGGCAGCCAGCCUCCAAACCCAAACAAGAAACAGCACUUCUACCAAACGCUAGCAAAACCAGCGCCUCCAAAGAAACAGCAAGGCUGACAGCUGCACCCAAGACUGCAAACCUAGAGCAAGACUCAAUAAGGCUAAUAACUCACCCACAGACCACAAAAUGUGCAUAAUUACACAAUGGAAAUGGUCUUUUUAGACAGAUCUACUAGAUUUGUCAUUGUAAGGGAGCACAUCACAGCUAUUCAAUAGUGAGGCGAAAGGAUGUGAUAUUUUCUACGAUAUACAGUCAUGUGAAAAAAUAAGUACACCCCAUGGAAAUUAUUGGCUUUUUUUGACAUAUUUGGACAAGCAAACAUUUGAUCAUCAUUUGAAACAAUGCAUAUUAAUAAAGUUGAUCUACUUGAACAAAACCACAAGGAAAAUGAGCUUUUUAAAUCAUUUAUUCAACAGAAAUAUCAAUAGAUGUGAUAUUCUUCUGUGGAAAAAGUAAGUACACCCUUGGCCUCAGAAGCCAGUAUUGCCCCCUUUAGCAGAAAUUACGUCUUGUAGGCGUGUUGCAUAAUUGUCCACCAGUCUCUGAC